GAGGAAUCAAAGCAGUGAUUUGGACCGAUGUCUUACAGUUUAGUCUUAUGUUUUUAGGAGUUCUCAUGGUUAUAGUCCAAGGCGCUAUAGAAGUGGGAGCUCUGUCGUACGGACUGUUAGCCAUAGCCAUGUCCUUUGGUGUGGGCAAUGCGGGCACUGUAUUCCAGGCCUCCAUAGCAUUGGUUGGAUCAAUGAUUGGACCACUGUUUGCAUUGUUCACGUUAGGCAUCCUUUACCCAUACGCUACGGCACCGGGCUCAUUAAUUGGCUUUAUUUGCGGAAUACUUUUCAGUUUAUUUGUGUCAAUCGGUUCACUACUUAUCCCGCGACCAAAAGUUUCAUUGCCCACCACUACAGACGAGUGUCCACCCGAUGUGGUCAAUGAUGUCUAUUCAAGGCAUACAUUAUUCCCAAACUCGUCAUAUAUUUCCUCUUAUGAUAAUCCAAAAGGAUGGUCUCAAUUGUUUCAUAUAUCAUAUCUU